CUUUGAGAAGACAAAAGUCGUCGCCAAAGAUCAUCAAUAUACAAUACUGUGUUGAUGUGCGGAAGUGGUUUGUGUUUUGAUGUGUGUUGUGUAGUUUGAAAAGCAAUUUUGAAGUCGCAGUCGUCAUAAUGCCUGCGUAUCAUUCAGGCUUUACGGAAUUUAGCCAAGUCGUGGGUAACAUGGCAAUUUUACCUUUUAGAACACAAUUUAGAGGACCAGCGCCUACAUUCACAAAGGAUACAGACAUCAUUGAUGAAGCGCUGUACUACUUCAAAGCAAAUGUAUUCUUUAGGACGUACGAAAUAAAGAAUGAAGCUGAUAGAGUGCUUAUUUACAUUACCUUGUAUAUAACGGAGUGUUUGAAGAAGCUACAAAAAUGUAGUACUAAAGCGCAAGGGAUGCAGGAAAUGUAUACAUUGGCAAUAUCUAAGUUUGACAUCCCUGGUGAGCCAGGAUUUCCUCUUAAUUCUGUAUAUGCCAAACCUAGCAGUCCUAGUGAGGCAGACCUGAUGAGGCAGUAUAUACAGCAACUUCGUCAAGAGACUGGUGUAAGAGUAUGUGAAAAAGUUUUCUCUAGUGAUGAUGGGAAACCAUCAAAGUGGUGGCUGUGCUUCGCAAAGAAGAAGUUCAUGGACAAGUCCCUUUCUGGUCCUGGGCAGUGAUGAGAGAACGUGAUGAGAUUCAUGUUUGAGGUGGUCCGUGACAGCAAUGCAUUUUAUGAAGUAUGCUUUUUAACUAAUUAUCGUACUCUCCUGUAUCUUACUUCUGUAACAACCUUGUUGCAGAAGUAGUAACAAAAAAAAGUACAAUUGCACACACUGUAGCAAGCUUCAGUUUGUUUGGUCAUCAAUUAUUAAAUUUAUGUUGGUAAUUAAAUUUGUUGGUAAACACAGUGUGUGGUGGAACAGAAGUUCUUGUUACUGCACAUUGAAUACCAUACUUUUGUGGCAUUCAUUUUGAUAUUCUGUGUUGUCACUUGGAUUAUUAGUUUACCUUAUUGUAAAUACCAUAUUAUGCAUUCCUGGCUGUAUGUGUCAAUAUUAUUUUGUAACUAUCAGUUUUCUGUCAGCUCUUACUCAAAAAUAUUAAUUUGUACAAAAGCGUGCAUCAUAUUGUAUUCUGAAUAAAUUGCUGUUGUAUGACUAAUAGUUAAAAAAAAGUGUAUCAGAUGUGACCUUGAGUUUAAGAUUAUUUAUUUCAAUUUUGACUUGUAUUCUUCGUUGGCCAUUAGCUAUAGUGCUCUGUGCUGUGAUUUUUUGUAGCUCUGGAAAAAUGUCAACAUACAUGUAAAUGAUCAUGAAAAUCUAAAAAAGAAAGAAAAAAAAGAUACUUACUUAAUACCAUUUCAUUUCUCAUUCAGUCUUCUUCAUUUUUGGUUCCAUUUUCAGUUGGCCAUCUUCACAAUAUCUUAUUUUAUAUUAUCACACUUCGUUUUCCAUCUGAUUAACUUUCAAGUUAUUUAUAUUGCCUCAGCAUUUUAUCUUACUCCUACCAAUGCCACCAUUUGUACAUUAAAUCACUUAUUUGUUUUUAACAUAUUCAUUUAGUAAUCUUCAUUUAAAUGAAAGAUUUUAUUUACUUGUUCCUGAGUUUAUUUGAUGCUAAAUAUUUUAAUCAAAGUAGUGUAGUUGCAUAUUCAUUAUCAGUAUUUAAAUGUACUAUUGAAAGUACAAGGGUGGUUUGAAAAGUUUUGGGAUGGAAUAGAAAAAAAGUACUUACAUCACUGAAACUUUUUUUAUUUUUCAGUUUAGUCUCCUUGUAGAUUAAUGCACUUGGUCGAAUGAUGUUCCAGUG